AUGUCCACCACCACGCGAGGCCUCCUGCUCGUCGUCGCCGUCGUGGCCGCUGCCUGCGGCGAGGAGCUCUUCGUGGGAGACCAGGUCCUGCGCGUUGUGGUGCGUGCUGAGGAGCAGCUCACCCUGCUCCGGACUCUGGAGGAGAAGGUGGAGCUCCAGGUUGACUUCUGGCGUGGUCCCACCAAACCCGGUCUCCCUGUGGACCUGAGGGUCCCUUUCCAGAGCCUCCAAGCCAUCAAAAGCUUCCUGGAAGCCAACGACGUAGCCUACAGCAUCAUGAUCGAGGACGUGCAGGAACUGCUGGAUGAGGAGAAGAGGACCAUGACACUGUCCCGGAGGCUGCAGAGAAGCACGGACACUUUCGAUUUUGGCUCCUACCACACCAUCGAGGAGAUCUACGACUGGAUGGAGACGCUGGUGGCUGCUCACCCCAACCUGGUCACCAAGCUCCAGAUCGGGCAGAGCUAUGAGAAGCGGCCGCUCUACGUGCUGAAGUUCAGCACGGGGGGAUCGGCCCGGCCGGCCGUCUGGCUCGACACCGGCAUUCACUCCCGGGAGUGGAUCACCCAGGCCACCGGCGUGUGGACAGCCAACAAGAUCGCCGAGGCGUACGGCAAGGACGCCGCCGUGACCGCCAUCCUGGACAGCAUGGACGUCUUCUUGGAGAUAGUCGCCAACCCCGACGGCUUCGCUUACACCCACAGCACCAACCGCCUGUGGCGGAAGACGCGGUCCGUCGCCGCCGGCUCCCGCUGCGUCGGCGUGGACCCCAACAGGAACUGGGCCGCGGGCUUCGGAGGUGCCGGCUCCAGCGGCAACCCCUGCUCCGAGACCUACCGCGGCCCCUACGCUCACUCCGAGAGCGAGGUGAGCGCCGUCGCCGACUUCAUCCGCCGCCACGGGCGCGUGAAGGCCGCCGUCUCCAUCCACAGCUACUCGCAGAUGCUCAUGUUCCCCUACGGCUACAAGAAGGAGCCGGCGCCCGACAGCCACGAGCUGGAGCGGCUGGCCGCCGAGGCCGCGCGGGACCUGGCCGCCGUGCACGGCACCCGCUACGUCUACGGGAGCGUCUUCGACACCAUCUACGAGGCGGCCGGCACCACCGUGGACUGGGCGUACGACAACGGCGUCAAGUACUCCUUCACCUUCGAGCUGCGGGACACGGGCCGCUACGGCUUCCUGCUGCCCGCCGCCCAGAUCGUGCCCACGGCGCAGGAGACGUGGCCGGCGCUGCUGGACAUCAUGCUGCACGCGCUGGAGCAUCCCUACUGA